AUGGCUACUCCAUUUGGUGUCGACUUCGGUAAUGACAACACUGUCAUUGCCUGUGCAAGAAACAGAGGUAUUGAUAUCAUUGUGAACGAGGUUUCCAACCGUUCCACUCCCUCUUUGGUUGGUUUCGGUCAGAAGAACAGAUUCAUCGGUGAGACCGGUAAGAACCAGCAGACUUCCAACUUGAAGAACACUGUUGGCAACUUGAAGAGAAUCUUGGGUUUGAACUACAAGGACCCAGACUUCAAGGUGGAGUCUGACUUUUUCUCCUGUGGUUUGACUGAGAACGAGCAGGGUCAGAUCAACGCCAAGGUGAGAUUCUUGAACGAGCCUCAGGAGUUCACUUCCACACAAUUGUCUGCUAUGUUCUUGAACAAGAUCAAGGACAUUACUGUCAAGGAGACCAAGGGUAACAUUGUGGACAUUUGUCUUUCUGUUCCAGUUUGGUUCACCGAGAAGCAGAGACGUGCUGCUUCUGAUGCUUGUAAGAUUGCCGGCUUGAACCCUGUCAGAAUUGUCAACGAGGUCACCGCCGCCGCCGUCGGGUACGGUGUUUUCAAGCAGAAUGAGUUGCCUGAGGACAAGCCAAGAAACGUCGCUUUCGUCGACAUUGGCCACUCUUCUUACCAGGUUUCCAUCGCUGCCGUCAAGAAGGGUGAGUUGAAGGUCUUGGGUUCUGCCUACGACAAGCACUUUGGUGGUAGAGACUUCGACAAGGCCAUCACUGAGCACUUUGCUGAUGAGUUCAAGGCUAAGUACAAGAUUGACAUCAGAGAGAACCCUAAGGCUUACUACAGAGUUCUUACUGCUGCUGAGAAGUUGAAGAAGGUUUUGUCUGCCAACACCCAGGCUCCAAUCAACAUUGAGUCUGUCAUGAACGAUGUUGACGUCUCUUCUUCUUUGACCAGAGAUGAGUUGGAGGAGUUCAUCAAGCCAUUGUUGGAGAGAAUCAACGUCCCAGUUGAUAUUGCUUUGAAGGACGCUGGCCUCACCACUGACGACAUCGACUCCAUUGAGAUCAUCGGUGGCUGUACCAGAGUUCCAAGCUUGAAGAACAAGUUGUCUGAGAUCUUCGGCAAGCCUUUGUCUACCACCCUUAACCAGGAUGAGGCUAUUGCCAGAGGUAACGCUUUCAUUUGCGCCAUGCACUCUCCAACCUUGAGAGUCAGACCAUUCAAGUUCGAGGACUUCAACCCAUACUCUGUCUCUUACUUCUGGGACAAGGAUGAGGAGGAUGACGACCACUUGGAGGUCUUCCCAAGAGGUGGUACUUUCCCAUCUACCAAGAUCAUCACUUUGUUCAGAAAGGGUGACUUCGAUGUCGAGGCUAGAUACACCAACAAGAACGAAAUGCCAGCUGGUGUUGAGGACUUGAUCGCCAAGUGGCACAUCAAGGGUGUCCAGCCAAACAAGGGUGAGACUUCUAUUGCUACCAAGUUGAAGUUGAGAAACGACCCAUCUGGUUUCUACACCAUCGAGUCUGCUCACACUGUUGAGGAGAAGCUCGUCAAGGAGUUGGUUGAGCCAAAGGAAGGCGAGGAAGUCGAUGAGGACGCCGAGCCAGAAUACAAGGAGGUCAAGAAGCAGGUCAAGAAGGAUGACUUGGUUCUUGAGGUCCAGUCCGCCGCUUUGACCGAGGGCGAGAGAGCUGCAUUGUUCGAGAAGGAGAAUGCCUUGAUCGUUGCCGACAAAUUGGUUGCUGACACCGAGGACAGAAAGAACGCCUUGGAGGAAUACAUCUACGAAUUGCGUGGCAAGUUGGAUGACCAGUACAAGGAUUUCGCCUCUGACGACGAGAAGGCUACCUUGUCCGAGAAGUUGAUGAAGGCUGAGGACUGGUUGUACGAUGACGGUUACGACUCGACCAAGGCUAAGUACAUUGCUAAGUACGAGGAGUUGGCUGCUCUUGGAAACCUCAUUAGAGGCCGUUACAUGGCUAAGGAGGAAGAGAAGAAGCAGGCAAUUAGACAGAAGCAGGAGGCUGACCAGAUGGCCGCUAUGGCUGAGAAGAUGGCUGCCCAGAGAGAGGCUUCUAAGGGCUCCGAAGGUGAGAAGAAGGAUGACAAGAAGGAGGAGAAGGGCGACGAGAUGGACCUCGACUAA